GCGGGCCGCAGGGGGAUGCGCUGCUGCGGAGCCCGCGGGGCGGCGGCGGGGGGCUGGGGAUGCCACGCGUGGGCGGGCAGAGGCCCGUCACGUGUCGGGAAGUGACUCCCUCCUCGGCCCCACGCUAGCGGCGGCCAUGGCGGCCAAGGGGUCCACAGACGAGAUGCGGGACCGCGUGGUGCUGGGCGAAUUCGGAGUCCGCAACGUCCACACCACCGAUUUCCCUGGCAACUACGCCGGCUACGACGACGCCUGGGACCAGCGGCGCUUCGAGGAGGCGUUCCGCGUGGACAUCAUCCGUGAGGAGGAAGGCGCGCUGGAGUUCGACAUGGUGGGCAUCGAUGCCGCCAUCGCCAACGCCUUCCGCCGCAUCCUGCUCGCCGAGGUGCCAACAAUGGCUGUAGAGAAAGUCUUUGUCUACAACAACACAUCCAUUGUGCAGGAUGAAAUUCUGGCUCAUCGCUUGGGCCUCAUCCCUAUUCGCGCCGACCCUCGACUCUUUGAAUACAGAAACCAGGGAGAUGAAGAAGGCACAGAAAUCGAUACUCUGCAGUUCCAGCUGAAGAUAAAAUGCAGCCGAAAUCCUCAGGCAGCCAAGGAAUCAUCUGAUCCUAACGAACUGUAUUUCAAUCACAAAGUGUACAGUAAACAUAUGACAUGGAUGCCCCUGGGGAACCAGACAGACCUUUUUCCGGAUGCUGACUUCCGACCUGUUCACGACGACAUCCUCAUUGCACUGCUGCGACCUGGCCAGGAGAUAGAUGUGCUUAUGCACUGUGUCAAGGGUAUAGGUAAAGACCAUGCCAAGUUUUCUCCUGUGGCCACAGCUAGUUAUCGACUGCUUCCUGACAUUACUCUCUUGCAGCCUGUUGAGGAUGAGGCAGCUGAGAAGUUGCAGAAGUGCUUUUCUCCUGGAGUCAUUGAGAUCCAGAAUAUCAAGGGAAAGAAGGUGGCAAGAGUGGCCAAUGCACGCUUGGACACGUUCAGCAGAGAAGUUUUCCGUCAUGAGGGUCUGAAAAACCUCGUGCGCCUGGCCAGAGUGCGAAACCACUACAUCUUUUCAGUGGAGUCGACUGGUAUCUUGCCUCCAGACGUGCUGGUGAGCGAAGCCAUCAAGAUCCUGAUGGGAAAGUGUCAGCGCUUCCUGAAUGAGUUGGACUCUGUGCCUAUGGAGUAACUGGGCUGUAGCUGGGAAACAUGUUCUGGACCUCCUACACCUGCCUGCAGGGGCAAUUCCUCUUCCAUAGACGAGGUCUGAGGUGGGCUUGCUGAGAGCUCUAGGACCCUCUUUUUGAAUUUGUUUUCUGUUGGUAAUGAGCCUCAGGGAGGAGAUGCACUAAAAUAAAGGAUUUUCUUUA